AUGUCGCGAGUUCAACAAGAUGCAUUCACAGACGAUGCCGACGAAUCAUGCCCCCUCUGCGUCGAAGAGUUCGACCUUUCGGACAAGAACUUCAAGCCAUGUCCAUGUGGCUACCAGGUCUGCCAAUUCUGCUACAACAAUAUCAAGAAUAAUAUGAAUGGCUUGUGCCCAGCGUGUCGCAGACCGUAUGACGACCAAAGCAUCGAAUGGAAAGUGGUCAGCCAAGAAGAGCAGAAAGCAGAUAUCCAGCUGCAGGCUAGAAAGAAAGCGCUUGCACGGAAAAAGGAAAGCGAACAGAAACAGGUCGAAUCGAACAAUCGAAAACACCUUGCAGGCAUACGAGUUGUGCAGAAAAAUCUCGUAUACGUCAUUGGUCUCACGCAGCAGAGCAGCGAAGAUGAAUUCUUGAGAACACUCAGGGGCGAGCAGUAUUUUGGGCAAUAUGGUAGAAUCCACAAGAUUGUUGUUAGCAAGCCCCGCAUUGGAGCCGAGCACGACAAAUCAAUAGGCAUCUAUGUGACUUUCGAGCGGAGAGAGGAUGCUGCCAAGUGCAUAGCUGCUGUAGAUGGCUCAAAGAAUCUUGACCGAGCUCUAAGGGCACAAUAUGGCACCACGAAGUAUUGUUCGGCAUAUUUAAGAGGCGAAACCUGCAGCAAUCGAAAUUGCACGUUCCUGCACGAGGAAGGACAGGAUUCCGAUAGCUUCAGUCGUCAAGACUUGUCCUCGAUGAAUGCCACUGCUUCGAUGAAUGCUAUGUCUACCCAGAGAACGACCACAGCGUCGCCAUCUCGACCAAACCAAGUUUCCUCCCAGUCACAGCCUUCGCAGCAGCACAUACCUAGCAUUUCAGCUACCCUUCAGUCUGGCCCAGCUCAAGCCGUUCGAGAAGAUUUACAAGCAAAAAUUAACAACGACGGGCCUGCGUUACCCUCCACUGCCAAUUGGGCUGCAAAGAACGCGCAUCAGGAAACUUCAAGGGCUAGUAAGCCACCUAGCUUCUCCACUCCAAGCCCUAGUGUUUCUGCAUCAAAUCCCGUCAUUCAACACUCCGCUCAAGCCUCAGAGCAAGAGCCCGAGCCUGAAUCCGAGGCGGUACCGCCGCAACCUGAACAGCAGCAGGCUACUCCGGUCGAAGAAGCAUUGCCGUGUGGGAGGCCUCCAACCCCUCCUUCACCAGGCUUAGAGGUGUGGCUGUUGAACAGACUUCGUCAACACAAGGAUUUGGAGUUGGCUUUCGACGAGUCGCAGUACUCUCAAGAAGAGCUAGAACUCAUCAAGGCUAUACCACCACUAUUUUCUUUCGACGUUUGUAUCAAGAGAUAUCGAAUGAAGAAGGAAUUGGAGCAAGAGCGAAUGAAGCAAGAAGAAGAACGCAACGUGAUGGGAGCAAUAUCAACCGCGGAAGACGACGAAAAUCUGGGUAGUGGAAGCCUUCAACUUGGUGGAGAGCCCGAUACUCAAGAGGAGACUCCUGACGCGAGUGUCCGGUUUGGGGGCUCAAAUCGCAAUACAAUACAGUCUCCCCUUGGAUCGUCUUCUGUCUAUCCGUUCGGCGGGUCUACCGGUCAGGUUGGCAAUGUUGGAAAUCUACCACGCACCCUUACACCACAGCAAAGAGAACAAAUUUCUCAGUUGCAGAGAGUCGGUAGCUCACGGCAAACUCCGGUGAGCCAGGCUUCUUUUCAACAGAGCUACGGGCAAAACAGCUCUAUGCAUCAACACCAAACCUCGAACCCGUUCCAAAACCAGCUGCAAGCCCCCAACGCCUUUGGUUCGGGUCAAGGACACGCUCGGCAAACCUCCCGUUAUACCUUCUUAAAUGAAUCAAGCCUUGCUCCGGGCGCCGUAAAGCCCGCAGCAAAUCCUCAGCUCUCAGCUCAGCAGGCUGGAGUACUCUCCGCAGGUCAUGGCAAACAGUAUCAAGGCCAACCGUUUCAACAGCAAUCUAGUACACCGAACUUCUACAGUGGAGUUCAAGGUCCACCUCCUGGUCUCAAAUCGAGCGGAACACCUCCUAUCAGUGGAGGAGGAAUGUUCGGCCAGGGACAUGGUUUCGCGAGCGCUAUGGGUGGUAGCGCCGCAUUCAGUAGCAACACCGGGAACAAAAAUAUUGGCGAUGAGUCGAUGCAACAAUUCUUACGAGCGCGAGAUCGUGGUAAUAGUGGGCAAGGGCCCGAGUUUGGAAAGCGUGAGUUCAAAUUUCCUUAUGCACAGCAGCACAUGAAUUCUGAUGCCCCUGCCUCAAAUUUCUUGAAUUCGCUUUAUGGAUCCCAGGUUGGGGGACAUCAGAGCUUUCAGGAUUCAAGUCUCCAGAAGCAGAAAAAGAAGGGAAAGAAACAUCAUAGACACGCUAACACUUCCUCCUCUGGAGGAGAACCUCCCCAGGCACCUCGUUUCCCUGGUGCCGCCGCCAAAGUCGACAAUCUCGUCCGAAAUGCUAUCGAUGACGGUCCCAUACAAUUACAGCCGGCUAAACUUCCACAAAAGAUCUUGCAGGCACCUACCCCGGCCGCUCCCGGAGUUGCAUCGACCCAAGAUUUCCCAUCUCUACCUACUCCGCAGAAAGCUCCAGAGGUGGCAACGGCUCCAGUGGCAACACCAAAGAAGGGCUUGAUCGCCAAGACUGUAGCAUCUGGUGUGAAGCCUGCAGUACCAAAGAAGGUACCCCAGCCAGUCACUAAAGGCGCUUCUUUGCCAGAUAAGAAAUUUGAAGAUGACGCUGUCGCUGCCAAAGCGACGACUAGAUCUCUGACGGAGGCACAAGAAGAGCCUCAAAGUGUACCUGCACUGAGUUCGAGAGCAGUGAGUGAAAAGACUACCGCAUCCCAUGCGACCAAAGCAGCGGCCGAAGAGGAUUCAAAUCUUAAACGACAGAAACCUAGCAACAUUGACGUUGGAGCCGCUCAAGAGGCCGCAAGAAAGGAUGCUGGACCGACUGCUGACGUAUCGAAUUCUCCCAAAUUGACAGGGACAACUACUUCGAGUCCAGCUCAACCAACAACUCCAACAACGGUGGCCUCACAGCAAACUAAUGCGUCGCCGAUACCUCCCACUAAAGGGCCCAAGACUCUUCGAGUUGGAACGACAAUGAAAGUAGGCCAAAAUUCUCCCAGCAACGCGGAGUCCUCGAGGUCCAGUGCCAUUUCGGCGCAACCGCCAGCUACUCCAUCGGACAAUGCCUCAUUGACAUCGACAUCUGUGUCUCGCGCAAAUUCACCACCACCUUCCCGAGUCGGGUCUGCCCCAGUCAGACAAAUCUCAAAAGCUCAACAGAAGAAGGAAAGACAAGCCCGAGCGAAGCAACCAGAUACUAUUGCUCCGAAACCAGAGCAACAGCCUUUAAAAUUAGAGGAGCCCGAGGUCGUCCAAGAGCCCAUCGUCGGCAGAAAGAAAAAGGCCAAAAAAGCAAAACAGACACCCACAGCCGACUCAACCCCAGCCCCCUCACGGGCUCCCUCACCCGAAAGGUCAACCGAGCCAGUUUCAAAGGAACAAAAGGCAGACGCUACAUCCUCCGCCAGCCAGAAAGACAAAGCAUCGAAAUCGCAAGCUUCCCAAAUCUCGCAAGCUGCGGAAUUUAAGAAAGCCGAAGAGCCACCAUCGACGUCGACCAAGAUCAACUCUCAACCAUUAGAUGAGCCAUCACGGAAAGCAGCAACCAUGACCCCCGCAGCCCUCUUCUCCCACCUCACCUCCACCGGCGUCCUCGACCCGUCCGUAGCAGACAUCCUCUUCAAGCCCGUGCCAGGUGCGACUACUCGAUUCGAGCACUCCGCUGACCUCGUCACCACCGCUUCACCAGUUCUUUCGGAAGCGCAGGCUAAGAGUCUUGAUAAUGGAUGUGCUGUACUGGUCGAGCCUCCUUCCAGCACCUUCAACUCGAGUAGUGAGAGAGGCGGGAAUGAGAGAUCUACUGGGACUGGAGCUGGGGCAAGGAUUGGGGCUGGGGGAGUCGGAAGUGGGGGCAACAGAUGCACAGUCGUCCUCCCCGACCGCCGGCCCAUCGGGGGCUUGAACGUCACCCAGGCGAAGAGAAUGGUGGAGUUAGUGAAUCGAAUCGGCGUACCAGGUUGGAAGGCGGAGGUCGAAGGAUUAGUGCCCGUGAGGCGGGUCAGUACUUUCAACCCUGGCCCGCCACAACGUGAGGAGGGCGAUGGAGACGAUGAUGGAGAUGCUGGGGACGGGGAAGGGGGCGUAGAGAGGGAGCUCGUGAAUCGGUUUGCGAGCGCUGAGGAUGUUGGUGAAGGGGGUGUCGGAAAUGUCGGUGGGAUGGGGGGUGGGGGGUAUUAUGAGCCGGCGAGAGAGUUGAGGGACAAGAUUGCGGCUGUGAAUGCUGGGGUGGGGUUGGGGUCGGGGUUGGGGACCGGGGUGGUCAUGAGUGUGGAGGAGGCGGAGGCGAGAUUCGUGGCUAGUAAGCGUGAGACGGAGGGGAUUGAGAAAAGGUUGAAUGCUUUGAUUAAGAAAAACAGGAGAUUGGUCGGGGUUUGA